AAGGCUGUGCCGAGUGCGGAAGAGGGCUUCACGACGAGCAUCCAUGGCCCGUGUCAGGCGGGCGCCUGUUGAAAAACCCAGGCAGUCAUCACCACACAGACAAGGGCCCUCAGUCAUGAGGGAUGCCCCUAGCAACAUCUCCACAUAGAUUCAUUGUUGGAAAAAGAAUCCCAGACCAUGAUGGCUCCUCCACUGUGCCGUGUAAAAAGAUUUCAGGUGGGAUCUCUUUGUCAGUAACGUUGCCAUCAGACAAAAGAACUUUCUUCCACUUUUAAAUGCUCAAUGUUAGGUUUUCUAGACAAUUUAGUGGCAUUGAUGGAGACAUUCCCUUUGAAGACGUUUUUUGAACCCAUUAUCUUGCAGAUGCCAUCUGAUCAUUACACAACAGUCAGCACCAGUGGUGGUCUUAAUCUGAGUCGAGGACCAUCCCAGUCCUUUGGAUCCUCUGGCUCAGUGCUGGUGAAUUUUUUUGUGGAUCUGCCCCUUGGUGGCUCAACAACCCUGCCACCUGCAAGGACAUUGAGCUUUUUUGCCUUUUCCAUCAGGACACCUUGACAGGAUAUUAGAAAAAAGGUCUAGAUGUGAUGAAUGAAAGUUCUUGCACUUUCUUAACUGGCCUUAAAAUUUUGAAGAGUGUAGUGUCAUCCAGUAUUAAAAGGCAAUAAUCAGGCAUUUUUUGCAUUUUAAAUGUCAUAAAAGAGUCAAAGUUUUGCAAAUGUGCAAAGUGUCCUUUACAAAUUCAAAUGAUUAUUUAGAGGUGUAUAUUUUUUUUCAAAAUAUCUCCACAUUUCUCUAAUUUGUGCAGGAUUUUUUGAAUUGUGCCUUCAUUUUUUGUGCCAGGUGACGCGUCGAUGCCCAUCCUCUCCUCUCCGAGGCGCACUGAUCUUGCAUUUGCAGAGGAGGAAGUGCAGUUUGCGGUAGCCGUGAAUUGAAAGUACGCCAUAAAUAUGGCGCCAAAAGAGUUUUCAAGCUCAUGAUAGGAGCCGAUUCGUUUCUCCGCUCUGCUCCUGCCGCCGCCUUUCUUGGGAGUGGGCGCAGAGAGGGGUGGUGGAGGUGAAGAAGAGGCUGCGAGGCGAGAGCCGCCCGUGCGUUUGUGCGGAGCGGCGGCGCGCGGGCACAGCGGGACAGGAGGAGGAGGAGGAGGAGGAGGAGGAGAGGAGGAGGCAAAGUGGAGGAGCAAGUGGAGACGAGGAGAGCUGCGUCUGAUUUCUGAAGGAGGGACGUUGCGAAACUGGCUUGUAAUCUUUUCUGACUCAUCGUUUGCAUUUUUAUCGCAAUUUUUGGGGGGUUUGUUUAUUUAUAUUUCUGCACAGUUUCUGCACAGCUGGAGGAUUUUUUUGGCUCCUCGCGAGGGCUUCUUUGUAUUUCAUUUAUUUUUGGGGAAAUGCGACAUGCUUUGCUCUGAGCUGCGUGCGGUGCGCACCUCGCAGCCUGCCACACCGUGAGGAAGAGGAGGAGGAGGAGGAGCAGCGGUGCCACCGGACCUGCGAGGCACUGAUUCUCCGCCACUUUGGAGGUUUAUUUUCGUUGUUUUUGCAGGGCUGACGCGCUGUCAGCGCGCGCGCGCCGCGAGGGGCGGGGAAGGGACUGUCCUGUCACCCCCGUGCGCUUCAAGUGUCGGGGGUGGGGGGUGGGGGGGUUUAGCGGCGCUGCUAGCAGCCUGCCAGGGCACCGAGUGGGCAAACGGAUUGUGUUUACCUUCAUGUGCCCCGCUCCCGAUGAUCUCCUAACCUCGCCGUCCGCCACCAAGGACGUCCGUGUUCCGCGUGCUGGCCGCCAUCAAGAUGGAGAGCGAAAAGAAGAGGAGGAAAUACUCCACGAGCAGCAACGACUCCGACACCACUGACAGUCCAGUGACGUCGUGGUCCAGGUUGUCCAAGAAUGCAGUCACCAGCAGCACAUGGGUCCACCACCAGCCCAAGAAACCAUCAGAGGUGUUUCGUACAGACUUCAUCACGGCCAUGAAGCUGCCGGACUCUGCCCAGCUCGGCCCAGACGACUUCUACGUGCUUUCUGACCCCUGGAGGCAGGAGUGGGAGAAGGGGGUGCAGGUCCCAGCAAACCAGGAGGCCAUACCAGAACCUGUGGUCAGGUGUCUGCCGGCAUCCUUGGCUGAACUGUCCAACAAUGGGCGGCAAAAGGACGGAGAGUCUCAUUUUUCCCGCCCUCAGCCGUACACCUGCUACGACCUGGAUGACCUUGAUGUUGCCUGGCUGCAACUGGUCAACCUGGAGUUCAGACAGAUGGCCUUGCCGGAGCUGGACGAGCUCACCAUGGAGUGCGUCCUGGUGGAGAUGGAGAGCGUGUGCCAGGAGAAGAUGCAGCAGGCCAUUGAGACGGAAGAGGGCCUGGGCAUCGAGUACGACGAGGACGUGGUCUGCGACGUGUGCCGCUCGCCGGAGGGAGAGGACGGAAAUGAGAUGGUCUUCUGCGACAAGUGCAACGUCUGCGUCCAUCAGGCGUGUUACGGCAUCCUGAAGGUACCACAAGGGAACUGGCUGUGUCGGACUUGCGCUCUUGGGGUCCAACCAAAAUGUCUGCUUUGUCCCAAGAGAGGGGGGGCCCUCAAACCCACCCGCAGUGGAACCAAGUGGGUCCACGUCAGCUGUGCCUUAUGGAUCCCUGAGGUGAGCAUAGGCUGCCCAGAGAAGAUGGAGCCCAUUACCAAGGUGUCCCACAUCCCUGCCAGCCGCUGGGCUCUGUCCUGCAGUUUGUGUCGAGAACACACAGGAACCUGCAUCCAGUGCUCCAUGCCCUCCUGCAUUGUGGCCUUCCAUGUGACGUGUGCUUUUGACCACGGGCUGGAGAUGAAGACCAUCCUGGCCGAGAACGACGAGGUGCGUUUCAAGUCCUUUUGCCUGGAGCACAGCUGCAGCACCUCCAGCUCAUCCGGUGUGAGCAACGGCGACUGCGUCAACGGAGCGCACGCCGCAGCCAGACCCGACACCCGGCACGGCGUGGGUGACGGUCUGCUCACGGACCAGACACGGAACCCGAACGGAGGUGCCGACCUGGAGCCGAGGUCAACAUCGCACCUGGUUUCCGUGUCUGCGUCUGAACGAGCCGAACGGGACCAGCUGGAGAGGGAGAAGGUGAGCCAGAGGAAGCAGAAGCUCCAGGAGCUGGAGGACGAGUUUUACCAAUUUGUGGACCCGCGAGAGGUGGCUGAAAACCUGGGGCUGCCCAUCUCACAGGUGGACUUCCUGUAUCAGUUCUGGAAGUUAAAGAGAAAGGCGAACUUCAACCGACCGCUGGUGACUUUAAAGCGGGAUGAAGUGGACAACCUGGCCCAGCAGGAGCAGGACGUCCUCUACAGGAGACUCAAACUCUUCACACACCUGCGGCAGGAUCUGGAGAGGGUGCGUAACCUGUGCUACAUGGUGACACGGAGGGAGAAAAUGAAGCACAGUCUGUGCGACCUCCAGGAGAGGAUCUUCCAUCUGCAGAUACAACUUCUGGAGGAGGAAAUGGCUGGAGAGAACGAGCAAAGCCAGAAAGGAGAAAAGAGGAAGCUGAAUGGAGUGAAGGAGAAAGGGAAGGAGAGAAGGAAGAGUAGUCCUGAGAAGACAAAGGACAGGUGGAAGUCAGAGAAGGGCUCUCUGCUGAAAGAGCUAGGUUUGUCAAAGUCCUUUCCAUUGGACAACUCUCUGUUCGACAGUUGGCUGGCCCAGUCGGUUCAGAUCACUGCUGACAACAUGCUGAGCCAGUGGGCUCUGGGGGCGCAGCAUCACGACAAAAGCGGCAGCCUGCUCUCUGACCAGCUCCUACAGGGAGAAGAGAACCUGCUAAACCUAAUGAUGGAGAACUCUGUCCAGUCCACCUGGAAGACGCCACAGCUGGGCCGCAAGUCAAGAGGAAGCAACAGGUCCCGCUCUCGAGGGCCGAGCACCACCCCACCCCAGCCUCAGGCACUCCUUUCUGCUCCAACCGCUUCCUCCGCCUGCAGCCCUUCCACUGCAACAGGGCUCUGGUCGAGUGCCACAGAAUCCAGUAACGUGGGCCGCAAAGGUGAAAGGUCCAGGGGCCCCUCCAAGGCUCUGCACCACCAUGCUCAUCACCACCGGACGAGGAGCUCUGACCUUCACAGGGACCCGCCUCCACAGCCACCAAUCUCCAAGAUGGACUCCUGUCACAUCUCGGAUGACCGCGGUCCGUGGCAGAGCGUCAAAGUGGCGAACGGGGUUGCAUCGGGCGUUGGAUCUGGAAUUAUGAAGGCCUCCUCCCCCCUCCCCGCCUCCAGUCCUGGAACCACAGUGCCCGACACAAUACUCGCUGGUGGUGUCGCACGCUCCCGCUUGACCCGCCAGAGCAAAUCAAGAGGGAGGGGAAGCGUAGGAGGGCCGCAGUGCAUGGACCUGUCUCUGGCAGGAAAGGAAAUGUCUCUGUUAGACGCUGCUGAGACUGACGGCUACUUCUCUGACGGCGAGCAGAGUGAUUCGGACUUGCGCUCCGGCUCGCUCCGGCUGCCGCAGUUGCAUUCUGGAAACGACGACCUGCUGAGGAGAAGCGUGCUGGCCUCUUAAAACAGCCUCAAGUGCAAACAUGGAGGCAGCCAUGGCUGGGUGGGGGGGCUAUUCAACCAAAUUCCUGUUACAUCUAUUGGUGGAGAAUGUCUUCAGCUCUUGUCCUGCUUUUUUUUAAUUUGGUGGGGAAUUGAAUGUAGCUGUUGUUUAGUAAGGUGGCUUCACUGGACCUCAGCUACCUGUUAGCUCAUUAUUGAACAGUCAGCAGAUAAAAAAAAAAACAAUUCUUUUUGUUUUUGCUUUGUAUAAGUCAAAAAGGUUCUGUUUCUGGGUGUCCAAGUGCCCAGCUUCGGCCUCGUGUCUGUGGUAUCUGCCAGACUUGAGAACACUUUGGGGCAUUAUUAUUACUCAAGCUGGUUUCAGGGUAUGCUCGAUUCCUGGUCUCUGUGGCCUGAGUUGCAUCCAACGAGUCCUCGUUUUCUUGAAAACGUUUGGUAGAACGACUCUUUCACACCAGAACGGCUCUGAAUACAUGCAGAAAGUUACACGGGAAACAUGUAUUCAGCCUUGAAAAGCACAAAGAGCUGCGUUGUCACAGAUCCUCAUUCAGGGUUGGGGUCAAAUUUCUUUGGAUUGACUCAGUUGCCAAACCGAAGCCUUUCUUCUCCGAUCUGUUUUAUGUGCAGCUUUUGUGGGUGUUUUUAAUUGGCAAAGACAUUGGCCCCAGCCCUGAUGCUCCUUCAGACUGUCACACAGCAACACAAACACAGACUUACACCUACACAACUACAAGGAAAUCCCAUAGCUCACAUCUGAGCUGUUGUAUAGAUCUUUGAUGUGAUCUCUGUUAGCUGCUGUCAAGUUCUUCCUAAUUGGUAUUUCGACAAACCCCUGAAUCUUUGGAGAUAUAUAAUCGCAGAAACUUUGUGCCUUCUGUCACUUGCCCUAUGGUACUUUACCCCCGCCCCCCAAACUUCUAAAAUCAGCCAAACAAUCAUUAAGUCAAUCAGUUGUUUCUUAAACAAGAAAAAUAUCAGUCUUUUGUUUUUUUAAUCGGCUUAAAAACAAUCAAAGCGAAAGGACCGCCCACCGCACUGAUUACUCCAUGUAACAGCACCGGGCUCCUUGUCACCUUAAAACAGCUGAAUAGUGCCUAAAAAUGAUGGAAAUGCAACGUUUGACAUUGAUCAGCAGAUAUUGUGUGCAGCACUUUGCAAAGCAGAGCCGCCCCCAACAAUCAGCGCUGCCUUCUGCUCUGAGUCCACCUUAGGGUUCAAACCUACAAGGGUUUUUUUUUAAUCGACCACACAAAUCUCCUUUAAAAUGUGUUUUUUAUCAGAUAUAAGCUCAUAUUUUUAUUUAUUUUCCCCCGUUAAAAGUUGACAGCUUUAGAUAAACUUUAGAUAAACCCUGUGAACGUUUUAUUCUGGCAUAAAUAUUCCAGAUGAAAUGUGAUCAAGUCAAAUGAGCAAAUCUACGGGCUGCAUGUCCAUGAACUUCAGCCUCAGAGGCCUGCGCUCGCCACUCCUGGAACUGAAUUGUUCCUCGUUUGUAGACAAACUUCAGUCCUUUUUGUUGUUAUCUAAGAGUUGUAUUUUGUACUUAAAGCAGUUUGUGGUUUUCUCAGGGGUUCAAAAACAUUUAAGAAAAAAAAAGUGGAAAAGAUGUGGAUAAAGUAACAUAAGACCUAAAUACGUAUACAAAAUUUAUGUUUUCUAUCAUAUGCAGCAUAUAAACAUAUAUAUAUAUAUAUAUAUAAAUAUAAAGUGAUAUGUGUAUGUCUAGAAACUUACUUAUUUGGCAGGCUUCAUUGUUUUAUGACUACUACUGGGCAUGCUUCUUCUUCGGUCGCCAUUAGCCCAGGCUCAACAGCUGAUUAAAGUUAGUAGCUGUGUGUUCACCUAAUGUUUUCGUUUUAAAUCUGGCCCCCCAAUCCUUUGGACCCAAACUGAGGUGAAAUAAACUGAGUUCUGAGGGCUGUCUGACCCAGGAUGGGUAAACAGAACAGAGGCAACGUUCUCUGUUUGUGUGGACGGUCUCCAACGCAGGAGCGAGCACGCCAAAGAAAAGCAUCUGAAAAACAUGGCAGCCCGUUUAGAGGUUUAAUUUAUCCGCUGAAACAGCACCAAUAGGCUGUUAGUGAUGAGUACGCACCCCCCUCUCCAGACAGAAAAAGCCAAAUGAGCACACAGCACAGCUCCUUCCUUCUCACACACAAACAACUGAGUUGGUAUAACAGGGUUACAACGUUCAAGAUGACUAGUUUUUUUAUGAACAUGUGGUCCUGAUGCAUCAGGAAGCAGGAGUCUGCUCUGGCUGAAACGCCCCCACAUGGCAGGAGAGUAUUAUCACAGGUGAUGGCACUGCAUCUGUCCUCUUCGUCCUUCAGGUGUCCCCGUCAUAAAAAGAACGCCGCGCUCAUGUCGGCGGAAGUUUCCUACGUUGGUUAUUACAAGCUACCAUAGCAACACACACAACAAACUUCAAGAGAGAAUCCGAUAAGAAGGAGAGAUGAAGCAUCAUGGCUGCCUGCAAAAACCCUCUGGGUGGUUGUGAGGGUCCAUGUGUUGCUUUGACAGAAACGUGUAAUAAUGGUUUCAAUAAUCAAUGUUCAGAGUAGCCUGACGUUGUAGACAGUGGUUUUAGAUAAGGCCUCUCAUGUAUGGCCUUAACAUGUAGUAGCAAAUGCUGAGGCUGCACAGCACUGAAGACAAACCAUCACAUUUCCCUCUUCCCAAAAUUCCUUUCUUUAUUCUACAACGAUAUCCACAAACAAACGGCAGAAUCAUCAGGACGUUGUUUUUCCACGAUGCUGUGCAGCCUUAGCAAACACAAACUGGUUAUUCUAUAUUUACAGUGUGGCUUCAAUGCCCUCUCUUUGCUUUGUAGACUGUAGACUUUUGCAGGUUCUGAUUUUUUUAAUCAAUAUCCAGUAGAGUAAACGCACUCCUCUGGUUGGCAUCGUGGUGUGGGUGCUGGCUUUCCAACCUACAAUGUGCUCUGAUGAUCUUUGGCUUUUGCAGCAGUCGGGUUUAUGUGAAAUCUGGAUUCAAAGUUUGGGGUCUUUUUUAUUCAUUUUUUAUUUUUCUAAUUGAUCUAUUUCAGUUUUUUCAUUUAAAGGACCAACAGUCCUGAUUGACCAUUUAAAGGAAGUAAACUCAGGUUGUGUCCGAACUCCUUCCCUACUCACUAUAUUGUGCACUAUAUAAUGAUUUUGCCAUUUUAGUGCCGUCCGAAUCUACAAUUCCAAAAUCAAGUUCCCUAAAUAUUUCCCAGAAGUCUCUGCGAAAAACCAGUGUGCAUUGAUGCUCAGUAGAUCGGCGGAUAUAGACCAAAAUGCAUCGCGUCGAAACAAUUUUUGACAAAAAAAUGUAUUUUUUUAACAAACCCUAACGUUUUUAUCUUCAGAAGACAGUGGUUUCCUAAAUAAUCAUUGCAAAACUUUUUAACUCCUUGAAAUCGAUGACAUCAUAUCCGACGUUUCAAAAGUAAAAAUUUAAAAAAGUAGUGACCAUGGUAUCCGAACCGCUUUUAAAGUGAAGGCCACUACAUAGUGCCGCACUAUAUCGUUUUUUAGGAGUUAGAGUGGGAAUUCGGACUUAGUCUUAUUCUUUUUUCUACGGCACUUUGGCCUGAUGAGGGUAACAGGAAUUCCUGGAGCCUAUCCCAGCAGUUUUUAGGGACCGGCUUGGUUCCUCCUCAACAAUAGCAGACCAAAACAACCACAGUUAUGUAGAAAGGAAUAAAUAAAGACCCAUAGCUCCAGGCUUUCACAUUUAUGCUAUCGACUUAUGUAAAACUCCAAGAACGACGUCACUGCACUUUCACUGCUGGGUUCCUCAGACCUUCUCAGCAAAGCAAUACUCAUGAGCACUUUUAGAAAUGACAAAAUAUUUAUCUGUUCCCUUUCAAAACAUUUGUUUUAGACCUGAACAAAUAAAAUCAGAUAUGAACAUAACAUUUCCAUCUUAAAGAAAUUGCUGAGUUGGUUUUGGGAGACAAGGAGAGCACUGGGACACCAUUUAAGGUGUUCUUCUUCCAUGGUUGCUCCUCCGUCCAGUAAAGAAGUGGUUUGGGGCUGCUGGUGGAGCAAAUAACACAAGACUGAACAUUGAUUAGCACUCUGUCCGUUAAAUACGUUUAGAAAAAGAACGAUCAGUGAUGAUGUGAUGAUAUUGGAAUGUGUCUUUUUGCAGAUGACACAUUGAUGUUUUUUAAGAAUCAAAAACAAACAUCUAAAAGUGAAACUAGAUCUUAAAAAAGGAUCUUUUCUAUGGAACUACCCAGUCUGUGUUUUUCCUAACCUGCAGCACCCACACAAAACCCACCCACCCACCCAUGUACCUUCCACUGGACUUUAUACACAUCUACAAUAAUGUAUUAUACUGUUCAACUACUACUUCUAGAGAUAAGUUCAUUUUCAGUGUUUUGAAAAAGUCUUUGCAAAGCUGUUCUUUGUUUUUUUUAAAAUCUUUUGUAAUGCUUAGCUGACCGCUGUGGCGUAUCAAACCGGACUCAUGAUCCGCUUCCACUGCUCUUACUGCCGCUUCGCUCCUCUCUGUAACAGCAAAGCUAAAUGUCAAGGUCGCUAAAUCCUCAUCCAACAUCCACGGCACAGAUCGGAGGUUUAGUCAUACAAACAGAGCCGCUGUGGAGGAGCAAACAGGUUAAUUCAUCAACUUAAAGCCCAUCUUUGGAGGAGGCGCCGAGCAUCAGGGCGUUCAGAUCUGAAGGAUUGACUAGAAUUUCAUUCGUCACAUGUUUGAUUAGUGAUAACUUUCCUAUAUUUUAACUAAUGCAAAAAGAAAGUGUUAUAAAAAAAAAUCUGUUGAAGGGAGAUCUACAACUUCAUUACUCAAAUUGUUCGUUUUGACAUAAAUUAAUGCUUUAAAUGUGACAAUUAGUGUAAAAAUGGUUUUUAUUGAUCUCUGAAGGUAAAUAAAAUCGUAUUUGCAACUUUUUUUAACAGAACAGAACUCAAAGGUUUGGCCAAUUUCUGACUCCACAGCUGCUGAAAUGUUUCGAAACUAAAGCUCCCAUCUGCUCCAAAAGAGCAGGUUACCCUUCAUCCAUCAUCUUCCUCCCACCAGCAAAGCUCUCAGCCUCUCUGGUCCAAAUCAUCCCUAAAAACCACCAUCUUGCCUCCACCCUGCUGCCCCUCCCCUCUGCUUUCUUUAUUGGUAGAUCAGCUCCUGAAACAAUCAAUGGAUCCAAACAAAAAAGGGACAUUUCUAGCUUUAAGGACAGAGAUGGGCGUGAGAGGAGGAAACGAAGGCUUUUCUUUACCGAGAUGGAGAAAGUGAAGGUUUUCUUGAAGCUGCAGCGUUUGCUGCUUUUAGUUUGCAACCAGUCAAGUCAAGAAGCUGACCAUUCACUUUCCCACUUUUAUAAGUCUUUGCACUUCUGCUUUCACGAUUUCUCCUCAUUCCUUCAAAGUAAGUCAACUGAAACUUUAUAUUUAGCAAAAUGUACUACCAGAAGUGAAAAUAUUUCCAGAAUACCAUCCAAGGCACAUUUGGUUGGUGAAACUAAGAAAGAAAAAAAAAGAUUUUUAUUAUUUAAUCUAUCCCAUUUAGUCCCUCCAUUUUUCCUUCCUGUAAAAGGAAAGCUCCAUUUCUUAAACUCACAUCUGUUAUCUGGUUUUAGCGUUCUGCUUCAGGGAGGUGCAGACUCCGCUCAGACAUACUUCACUGAAGACAAAUGGAGAAGCGGCUCCGUUUGGCUCAAGUUUGACUUUCCCACAGUUGGUAGUAUUAGUUACAGACUGGUCCUGAACCCCCGCACAGUGUAAAUAAAAGGAGAGAAGGCGAUUUUUAGCACCGCUUCCAGGAAUAAAUGGAACUUUGACAAAUCACAAUUAGACAUUUCCAGAGCUUAUGUGCUUCAUUUCUGUAUCCGUUUUAAAGCAUUUUCUCCACAUUUCCGUCUAUUUUUCCUUCACAGUCCUUAACUCCUGAAUUUACUCCAUAUUUAAACAGAUUUAAGUGUAAACAUCAUUUUAUUGCAACAUCUAUCCUUGGAUGUAAUCAUCACAAAUCAAGUCACAGCUGUUUCAAUACUCUGAAGCACCUCAUAUUAUUGUACUUCUUUAAAAAAAUAAUCUGUUUUAGUCAGCACUUACUUUUUUUUUUUUUUUUUUUUGCUGAAGUAAGGUUUAUCGAUUGAGCUGCCUGCUCUUUACGCGGUUCUUCACUUCUUCCUGCUCCCUCAUGACAUUUCCAAACAAUCAUUCAUGCUUUCAAAGCAGAGCUGGGAGAAAAAAAGUCUCUUCCUCCUCCUACUGCUGUCCUCACACAAGGUGUUAACAUCUCUGCUGCCACUCCGUUUCUCCUCCACUUUCCAUCAGUUCUUCAAUACAAUAUAAUAUGAAUGUUGCAGGAGUUUAUCCUUCUGUACUCUGUUUAAAAGAAUGUUGUGCCAUUUGUUAAUAGCAAAGAGAACUAUUGAACAUAUAUGAAAAAGAAGAGCUAUUUUAAAUUAUUUUUUGGCUUUUUUUGCUAUAUUUAUUUUCUUGUAUUAGAAUCUUCUUUAUAGGAGGGAAACAAAAAAAAUUAUUUUUCAUUAGUGCGAAAAACCUAUUUUCUUCCUUUUUGUACAAUUUCCAUGUUUAAAGCGAGACUUUGAAAAGCAAUAUGAUGAUGAUGAUCAUGAUGAUGAUGAUGAUGAUGAUGAUGUUUCCUGUGACUGUAUCUGCAUGCUGUUUGUGUUGCCUUAAUGAUGGCUGCAUCCCACUAUGCCCCCCACCCACUCCAACCCAGUCUUUCUAAUCUCUUACCCCCCCUGAAAGAAAACCCCUCUUCAUCUGGUGGAGUUUCAGUCCCAUCUGAUCCAGUCCGUGCAGUCAAUAAAGCAGUGCUUUCCGUGUGCUGAA